ACUAGCUGAGUUGCUGCUGUCCUACACUACUUCUUUGGCCACUUUAAGCCUCAAUUCCCAGCGAAUAGAGAUGCACCUGACGAGGUGAGGAGGUGGAGGGAGGGGACACGGAGAGAAGACUUCAUCUUGUCUUGUAAAUCCCCGAGAAUCCGCUCAUUUUUGGCCACAUCACCCCCCAAUGCACUUGACCCAGGAAGACGACUUGGUAAAGGGGGACCCCACGCAGACCACCGCAGCUCACAGGCCCGCCUGCAGCGCUUCAUCUUCGGCUAAAAUGUGCAGCGAGUGUUACGAGAACCAGUCGUUCGUGAACGACGACGGAACCGUGAACGAGCACAAGUUCCGCGCCUCUCAGGCACCUCUCCAGUCCAGCAGCAGCAGCAGUGGGGUCAUCUUAGACAUCUCCAGGCUAAAGAUGGAGCAGCUGGAGAGUGAGGUGCCUCCUCUGCCGCCCCGCUUCCGCUUUAGAGACUUGCUGCUCGGUGACCAAAGCUUCCAGAACGAUGACAGGGUACAGAUAGAGUUUUACGUGAAUGAAAACACUUUCAAGGAGCGCCUGAAGCUUUUCUUCAUCAAGAACCAAAGAUCAAGCCUCAGAAUCCGAGUGUUCAACUUCUCCCUGAAGCUGCUCACCUGUCUCUUGUACAUUAUUCGAGUGGUGACUGACAACCCUGCCGGCGUGGGCCAACACAGCACUCCCAGUGGCAACAAUAAAUGCAUCGACUGUCAGUGGAACGGCUCGGUGCAGGACCGGGAAAUUAACUGGGAGUUGAUAUUUUGGGUGGACAGAAAGCUGCCUGUUUGGGCCAUUCAAGUUAUUGUUGCCAUCAUUAGUUUCUUGGAGACCAUGUUGUUGAUGUACCUGAGCUACAAGGGGAACAUUUGGGAGCAGAUAUUCCAGGUGUCCUUUCUACUUGAGAUGAUCAACACUGUUCCUUUCAUCAUCACGAUCUUUUGGCCCUCAAUACGAAACAUCUUCAUCCCAGUGUUUCUCAAUUGUUGGCUGGCCAAAUGUGCGCUGGAGAACAUGAUUAACGAUGUCCACAGAGCCAUCCAGAGGACCAACUCAGCCAUGUUCAAUCAGGUCCUCAUCCUUAUCUGCACUCUGCUCUGUUUGGUCUUCACUGGAACUUGUGGAAUUCAGCAUUUGGAGCGAGCCGGAAGAAAUCUUUCUCUGUUCAACUCUUUCUACUUCUGCAUCGUGACCUUCUCCACCGUCGGCUUUGGAGACGUCACGCCCAGGAUCUGGCCUUCACAGCUGCUGGUCGUCAUUAUGAUCUGCGUGGCCCUGGUGGUCCUCCCUCUGCAGUUCGAGGAGCUGAUCUACCUGUGGAUGGAGAGACAAAAGUCUGGAGGGAAUUACAGCCGCCAUCGGGCACAGACGGAGAAACACGUCGUCUUGUGUGUCAGUACCCUGAAAAUAGAUCUGCUCAUGGAUUUUCUAAAUGAGUUCUAUGCCCACCCCAGACUGCAGGAUUACUAUGUUGUGAUCCUGUGCCCGAGUGAAAUGGACCUGCAGGUGAGGAGAGUGUUGCAGAUCCCUCUGUGGUCUCAGCGGGUCAUUUAUCUGCAAGGAUCUGUGCUCAAGGACCAGGAUCUUCUGCGCGCCAAAAUGGAUGAUGCUGAGGCCUGUUUCAUUCUUAGUAGUCGUAACGAAGUGGAUCGCAUGGCGGCGGACCAUCAGACCAUCCUGAGAGCCUGGGCAGUGAAGGAUUUUGCUCCGAACUGCCCCCUCUAUGUUCAGAUACUAAAACCUGAGAACAAGUUCCAUGUUAAAUUUGCAGAUCAUGUCGUGUGUGAGGAGGAAUUCAAGUAUGCCAUGUUGGCUCUGAAUUGCGUCUGUCCAGCCACCUCCACGCUGGUGACCCUUCUCGUGCACACGUCACGUGGACGGGAAGGACAACAGUCUCCCGAGCAGUGGCAGAGGAUGUAUGGAUGUUGCUCUGGGAACGAGGUCUACCAUAUCAGACUGUGCGACAGCAAGUUUUUCGGGGAAUACAAUGGCAAAAGCUUCACUUAUGCCUCCUUCCAUGCUCACAAAAAGUACGGAGUGUGUUUAAUCGGCAUAAAGAGGGAGGACAACAAAAGCAUCCUCCUGAACCCUGGCCCGCGCCACAUCAUGGCCGCCUCGGAUACCUGCUACUAUAUCAACAUCACUAAGGAGGAAAAUUCAGCAUUCAUCUUCAACCAGGAAGAAAGGAAAGGACGGUCAGCGGGAGGGCUCUAUGACGGACCUUCGCAGCUUCCCGUGCACAGUAUCAUAGCGAGCAUGGGGACGGUUGCCAUGGAUCUCCAGAACACGAGCCCUCCAGACGUCGCAGGUGGAAAACUGGUCCCACCUACAGUCAACGGAACUGGAAGCCGCCGUCCCAGCAUCGCCCCUGUCCAGGAGAUCGCCGACUCUUCCUGUAUUUUGCCAUGUGACCUCCUGAGUGACCAAUCAGAAGAUGACUCUGUGUUUUUAGACGAAAAAGGACACUCAUCUACUGAGUACGUGAAAGGUUAUCCCCUCAACUCUCCGUACAUCGGGAGCUCGCCCACCUUGUGCCAUCUUUUGGCUGAGAAAGCCCCAUUUUGCUGCCUACGACUGGACCAGGGGUGCAGACACAACAGCUUUGAGGACGCCAAAGCUUACGGCUUCAAGAACAAGCUGAUCAUCGUGUCUGCUGAGACAGCUGGCAACGGUCUCUACAACUUCAUUGUGCCGCUCCGAGCUUACUACAGGCCGAGGAAAGAGCUUAACCCCAUUGUGUUACUCCUGGAUAACCCGCCUGAUAAUCACUUCCUGGAAGCCAUUUGCUGUUUUCCUAUGGUCUACUACAUGGCUGGAACCAUUGACAAUCUCGACAGCCUUCUGCAGUGCGGGAUCAUCUACGCUGAUAAUCUGGUGGUGGUGGAUAAAGAGAGCACGAUGAGUGCGGAGGAGGAUUACAUGGCUGAUGCCAAAACCAUUGUGAACGUCCAGACGAUGUUCAGGUUGUUCCCGAGCCUCAGUAUCAUCACUGAGCUCACUCAUCCGUCCAACAUGAGGUUCAUGCAGUUCAGAGCCAAGGACUGCUACUCUCUGGCUUUGUCCAAGCUGGAGAAGAAAGAGCGAGAUAAAGGAUCGAACUUGGCCUUCAUGUUCCGCCUCCCCUUCGCCGCAGGAAGAGUAUUCAGUAUCAGCAUGCUGGACACACUUCUCUAUCAGUCGUUUGUGAAGGACUACAUGAUUCUCAUAGCCAGACUGCUGCUUGGGUUGGACACAACUCCAGGAUCUGGAUUCCUCUGUGCGAUGAAAGUGACUGAGGGGGAUCUGUGGAUCAGUACCUACGGCAGAUUGUUCCAGAAGCUCUGCUCCUCCAGUGCAGAGAUUCCGAUCGGGAUAUACCGGACAGAGUCGCACAUUUUCACCACGUCUGAGUCCCAGAUGUCGGUCAGUGGAGAUGAGUGUGAAGACACCAAGGAGAAGGGGGACGAGUCCCGUAGUAACGACCAGUCAGACCACCCCCUGCUGAGGAAGAAGAGCAUGCAGUGGGCGCGACGGCUGAGCAAGAAGAGCGUGAGGUGGCAGGGUCUGAGUCGUGACUCCAGCAAAGACCACACGCAGCGCAUCGCUCAGCAGCGCCUCAGCCUGUACAGACGCUCAGAGAGGGAGGAGCUGUCCGAGCUGGUGCGCAACCGCAUGAAACAUCUGGGCCUCCCCACGUCUGGAUAUGAAGAUCUAACCAAUCUGACAGCCAGUGAUGUCAUGAACAGGGUCAAUCUGGGGUAUCUGCAGGAUGAGCAGAAUGACCAGCAGAACACUCUCUCCUACGUGCUGAUCAACCCUUCACCUGACACCAGGCUGGAGCUGAAUGACAUUGUCUACUUGAUCCGCUCCGACCCUCUGGCUCAUGUCCCCGAGGAGCCUCCUGUCCGCAGCAGCAGUCUGAAAGAGAGACACGAGACCUGCUCAGACUCCAGAGAGGACACGCAGCUCUGAUCCCAGCGCUGACCUUAACAGUCUCCCUCCCCUCUUUCAGCCCUCUCCUGCUCAGACCUGAUCACCCCCGCGGAGUCUGAAGGAGGACAGUUUGUUCCAGUGCUGGAGUUGAACAAUCUUUUCGAGUGCCUACUCUUUACGUCAGCCCUGACAUUUUCGCCUCAGAAUAAGCUCUUUCAGGUGAACAGUCGGGGGCUGUCGUGUUUGCAAAUUGUUUAUUUUUUCAUCCACCAUGCUAAAGAUUUACAAACGUCAGUCUGACGUGAAGUGGUUCCGUUCGCUUCUUUGUAAUAGUUUGUUAGAACUGUAUUUACAACGGACAUGAUUCAGCUCCGUAAGAAGUUAUAUUGAAGUGUAUUUUUGUAGCUGAAACAAUAGAUUCAAUUUAGUGAUGUAGACUUAAUCUUAGCGAUUGUAAAUUUGAUGCGUUUUAAAGAAAAUAAAAGUGUAAAACCGUGAGUUAUUUAUCUAGUAAUGUAUCACAGAUGAAAAUUUGUUUCAUGAAUAUUUUAUGAUUUUAUCUGCUGCACCAAAAGUCGUAGUAAGCCGUAUUAAAGUGCUUUAUCAAUAAUGUUUUACUGAUAGAUAACUGUUCUAUAGAAUAAAAAUAAUGCCUAUUAGUAUUCAAAUGCAGUAAUUGCAUAUUAUUUUAUUUUUUGGAACUUUUUUUGAACCUUUCAAAACUCAGAAUAUACCUAAAAAUGAACUUUUUUUUUGUCAUAUAUUAGACAAACUCCUCAUUGAUAGAGGAAAGGCGUUAUAUUAUGGUCAUCAGUCUGAUGCCACUAAAACAAUGAAUAGCCAAUAUUUUUGUAUUAUUUAUUUCUUGUACUCUUUAUAUAUAAAUAUAUAUAUAUAUACACAAGACUCCACAUUCAAUUUCCCUACAUUGAAUAGUAAUGUCUUACGUUGCCUAGCUCUGUGUUGUAUUGUUUUUGCUUUGUUAUUUAAGUAACAAUUUCCACGUUUGUAUUUAUUUGUGAAUCUGACAUACUGUUGUAAAAUGUAAAAUGUAACAUUAUUGGAAAUAAAUGUUAAAUUAUUUGUUCAAA